AUGGAUAUUGAUAAUAAAUGGCUUAAUGAAUAAUUACAAUUAAUCCAAUAGGCAGAAUUUUAAAAUUAUAACUUACCCAGUAAUACAGAUAUUUCACAGUUUGUAUUGUAAUCAUCAUACUGUGAAUCUCCAUCUGUAUAAAAGAAUAAGAAAGAGAAAAUUUAAUUUUCAAUCCUCAAUUUUGAAAACCUUUAAGAUGAUGAAUCUAAUAUACAACCUCAAAACAAAAAGUAUUCAUUAGAAAGAAAGAAAAGGAAUUUUAAAAAAAGUAAAACAACAACCAAUGGUUUUCUUAACGAUACUGCAACUAUAUAAAAUAAUUAAGAAUCAUUCAGAAGAUUCAAGAGUUCAUAAACAUAAAAAAAAUCAGAAUUCACAAAAUAAUUUAAUGACUAUAAAUAGAAUUGCCAUACAGAGAUAAUUGUAAAAUAUUUUGGAUUAAAAUAUUAAUAAACUUUAUUGGUGAAUGAAUAGAUUACAGCUGCAGAAUUAAUUGUAUUAGCACUUAAGAGAUAUUAAUAAGAUCAAAUUAGUGAUAAAUCUAAAUAUGAAUAUCCUAAUUUUACUUUAGCUUAUAAAUUAAUGGGCUUAGAAUAUAGUCCAAGUAAGUUUACUACAGCAAAUGAUGAAAAUGAUUAAUUAGAGGAUGAAUCUAUUGAAACUCCAGAAAUUGAUUUAGAAUCUAAAGUAUUUUAUUAGAGUGUAGAAAUAUUGCCAGAGUUAAACUCUUUUGGAAUGGAUUUUGAACUCCUAAAAUAAACAUAUAGAUCAUAUCCAGAAUAAAUUAUAUUAUUAAUAGAGGAUACAUAAUCUUAAACAUAUUAUCACAUAAAAGUUAAAAAAAGUGGCAGUUUAAAAGAUUGUUAGAAUGAAUUAAACAGAAAGUUAAGUAAAAAAUACUAAAAAAAUGAUUACUAUUUAAGUUUAAAGUAUCCAUGUAUAAAUUAUGAUCGUGGUGAUCUUGGAGAACAAUUUCCAAUAAAUUUAUUACCUUUACAUUGGUUAGUGAUCUGUUAAAGAUCUUAAAAUUUAUAAUAGCAAUCUUAUGAAGAUACAUCUGUAUAAAUUAAUUUGAAAAAUAAUAAUAAUAAUGCUAUUCAGGAAGAUAAUAAUAAUUCAACAUAUUCUUAUAGGUUUUUAUCAUUAAAUUUUAUGUAACUUGCUACUAUUGAAAAAAUGCAAUUAUUAUAUAGCUAUUAAGAAUUUAAUCUCAUUAAAUACAAUAAGGGCUGUUAGAAUGAGAUUAUUUUUGGGUUAGACUAUUUUGACAUUUAUUAUUUUUAUAAUUAAAAAUCUACCAAUAAAUUAGGGAUUUUAAAGUUUGUAACAAUGAUAGCUAAAUAAAUUUUUAUGGAAGAAAAGGAAAAAAAGAAAUACAAAAGAAUUCCAUUAAGUGCUAUUAGAGAUUUAAAAUAGAAAAAAGAUAAAUAUAUUGAAAUUUAUUAUGAAUUAAACGAUGGGUUUAGAAAGAAACUAUAAUUCUUUUCAAAAAAUGAUGAUAAAAAUGUGAUUAGAGAAGUAUUUAGUAAAUUAGAAUAUUUAGUAUCAGUAUAACAAUAAAAUGAUUGA